AGUUUGGAUCACAUUACAAAGACACACACACACACACUUUUAGUUCUCUUGCUGCCAUCGUCACAUCGCUCCUCAGGACUCAGCCUUCUGGCGGAAUUGUUUAUUGUUUGUAUUCUUAUUUAUUUGGGGGGGAGUCAUUAUAGUUUGGUCCAGAAUGCAGAAUCUAUCUGCGAAGAUGUUCUUCUGCGCGUUGCUGCUGGCGGCGGCGGCUUCCUAUGUGCAUUCCCAAGCGGAUUGCAGUCAAGCUCAGUCAUGUGACCUCUGCGUUGGUGACUCCAUGCUCAACCUAACUGGCUGCGUCUGGAAGCUGUGUCCUGAUGGUAACGACACCGGGGUGUGCGUGACGGACCAGGGUAACGUGGCCGACAGCUCCAGAAACUGCAGCUGGACCCGCGUGUCGGAGCUCUGCACCGUGGUGGAGACGGUGGCCGAAGGAGGCGGUGACUCAGACGCGGGUGGCAAAGCCCGGCCGCAGCUUUCCCCGGCCAGAUUCAACUUGUCCAGCUUCAUCGGCGGCGUGGUGCUGGUCCUCUGCUUGCAGGCCGGUGGCGUGCUCGCCAUGCGCUUCCUCAAGUCCAAGGAGCAGAGCGACUACGACCCCAUAGAGCAACCUCAGUGAGGUGACCGAGCGGCGACGAAGGACGACGUGACUCACAGGAUGGUGACGACAAGACACCGCAUUUUUACGAUUGGUCGCCGUGAUCCCCCUCCCCUUCUACCCCUUCAAGUAGGACUGGAAGCACAUCGCUUCCCUUCUACUCUUUUCAUUUGUGUGUAUUUUGCGUUGAAUUGUGUUUAGUGCAUUUUCACACUUUGAUUGCCAGUUGAUCUCUUCAUUCUUAAUGAAUGUCCAAUGUGGAUCACCCCGAUCGAGGCCUCCGAGCAGGCACUUUCCGGAACCCCUCACUCACUCCCAAUUUGGCCCAGAACCAAAAAGGCUUGAAUGGACCCUUACAAAACCUCAGUGACCAUGGCCAGCAUCCAAUUUUGUUGACAAAAGAAGGGGGCGGGGUGAGUCGUUCUCAUUCUGACCAUUCCUUGGACAAAUGUUGCCUUCGACUAAACAAAGUAGAUCAAUAAUAGUUCAAUAAUAACUUUAAUUCUACUGUAAGUGAGUAUUUCCAUGCAUGAAUUGCACCACACUGCUCCUAAGUGGCCGAGGUGUGCACAGCAGAAAAUCAAGUCUUUUUCUUUUUUCUUUUUUUU